AAGCUCAUCUCUUUCGUCACCCAUCCAAUCAUAAAAAUCAAAUCUUUCAACCAAACUCGAAUCUAAAAAAAAAAGUUAAAAAUCAAAUCUUUAUUCCCGCCGAGAGAGGGAGAGAUGGAGGAAGAGGUGAAGAGGUUGAGCAAGAGCUUGGGAGGAUUCUGCAACCAUCUCCAAAGCAGCUGCGACGCUUUCAAUCAAUCUCUCCAGCGUCGCCCUAUCCCUCUCGAUUCGGCUUCGUCGACGUUCAUCAAGAGCCUUAACCGUCGGUUAUCGACAGCUGGCUCCGAGCUGAACUUCCUUGAGUCAAUGUCUUUCGGAACUGUCUCCUUCGAGGAGCUUUUGGGUCAUUGCAAUCAGAUCUAUAAGAGUAACCAAGAGGAGGUUCUGAAUCUCCAGGAACGUCUCGCUGACUUCGGCUACGUUGCUGGAGUUGAGAUCGAUGAAGAGUCUGAGGAUUCGGAUGAUGAUUUGGAGUCUCCUUCAUUGCAACCUUCAGUCCUGAAAAGAUUAGACGAGGAUGAUCUUCUAGAUGAUUCUCCAAAUUUCAAGAGCCUUGGGCUUUCGGAUGCUUGUCUUGCAACUUUAGCUUCGGAAAGUAAGGCAGCGAGGUUUGUCUCGUCUGCUGUGAAGGAUCCUUACACGUCUCUGGAAGAAUCUGUGAAGGGAAAACCAGUUGAGACUAGUGCUCUACCUGUUCCAAAGACGUCAGAGCUUUCCAAUGAAGAUGAGGUUGGGGCAGUAGAGAUGGGUAGGACUUCAAGGCCGACUAUAACAUUGAUAAAAGAUGAAUAUGAAAGUCUUCCUUCUUUCAUGAAAGCUUUAGCAUCAUGGGAGGAUCUGCUCAGUGCCGUGGAGAAAUUCAACGCAGUCCUUUGUAACAAGAAAGAAACAAACGGGUCUUACUACUUCCGUGCAGAUGAACUGCCAACUCUAGGCCUUGGGCACAAGGAGAAAGCGUACACGUUACUACUGACACGGAUGAAGAGAUUAGUGGUUGAGACAACGGAGGGUGUUGUAUCCUACAGAGUUGCAUAGUGCUAUCAUCAACACAGUUUGAUAUUUCAUAUAGGAGUUCUUUGUCUUUUAGAAAGAUCUUCAGAUCGAAGCAGCUUUUAUCUAUUGAUUUGUGUAUCAGUAGUCAAAAAUGUCCUUUAAAAUUACAAAUGUUUCGGUAUUCUAUAUAAACUCUGAAAGCCAAACCGCACUCCCGAAUCCAAGCGACAGGCUUCCAUGUUCUUCUUGUUCGAAAAUAAAAAUUGCAUGAGGUGCCAAUGGUCUCUCUCUCUCUCACAUUCCAUAUUACAUUACACAAAGUAUUGAAGCAGAGGAAAGAAAGAAAGAAAUAAGGACAAAUAGAAGAAAAAAACACUAUCAAUGCGCGCAACCCAGCACCCUAUUCAGACCAAAUUCUCUACAACAUCCUACUACGGUCGGUCAUCAUCCACACCUCACACUCGGUCUUUCCUCCCUCUUAUUCGAUGCCUGGCUUGGUCCAACGUUGCUGCCACAAUGUCUUGACGACAUUUGUGUUUUCUUUUGUCUUUCCGGCUAAUUGUAUAUU